AUCGGAUUCAGCCAUCUGAAAGAGAAGACAUGGGGGCACCGCAGCCAUGGCAGCACGGCUCUGUUAAGAAUCACUCUGAACUAGGCCACCGCCGAACUAAAUCUGAGGGAAAUUCUCCCGGAGAGCUACUACCCCGGAAGCGUCGACAUGUAUUCGAGGUGCUACCCCACGAAAAAAGAAAAUUGUUAGCGGAACUGAAUGUGGAGGAUACACAGGGUCUACCUACGAAAAAGAGAAAAGCUGCGAAGGGUCGAUAUUCCAUUGGUGAAAUCAAUGGCAUGAAACCAAGAUGUUGAUUCCCACAGUGGAUGGUGAUGCCAUUGAUCAAUACAAUCAUUACCUGAAGCCACAUUUUGAUAGGAAAGAUGUGGAAGUUGACUUCUAUUUUAAAUAUGGAGUUGGAAUUGUUAUGGUAUCAGCAAAAUGGGACUCUAAACGGUCCAUCGAUGAGGCUGUUAAUGUUUUUGAAGAGAUUCACCGAUUGUUUUUGCAAACCAUUCCUUCCAUGGUGUACUUAACAAGACUACUUGUACCAGCUGCACAUGCCAAAAAGUUGAUUAUUCUCCACUCAAUCAAGUCUCGUCCGUGGACUCUUACUAUCUAUCUAAUCGAUAGCCUGUCAGUUUUGUUCCCUGGUGAUGUGAUUGUUGAUGUGGAAGUAUCUAAUCCUGCACGUAUAUGUGAUGGAAUGAAAUCAGUUCUUCGUGAUUUGAGAGAGUUUGGAGUUGAUGAGAGCAUGAUGUCCAAGUUUAAAACUGGAAAUUACAUUUGUCCAUCGUAUCACGAAAUAUCUGCUCCUGGGAAUGGAAAAUCAUCUUCAAUGAUGUCCAAGUUUAAAACUGGAAAUUACAUUUGUCCAUCGUCUCACAAAAUAUCUGCUCCUGGGAAUGGAAAAUCAUCUUCAAUGAUGAAACCUCCAAAAGAGUAUGCGAUUUUGGAGUUCAAACGAAUCCCUCUGUCGUUUAUUGAUUAUAUCAUUGGUGAAGACGGUGCAAACCUUGGGAAGAUAUGGAAAUCAAGUCAGGCAUUUGUUUACUUGCAAACACACUCAGCUAAAGAGGUUGUUAUUAAUAUUGUUGGUGAAACAUAUGAAGUGACUAAAGACUCUAAGGAUGCGAUGGAGGAAUUGAUUCCCAACGACAAAAAGAUAUAUGGAGAGGCUCGUGCUUUUGAGGCAAUGUUUCAAAGGGAGUUAGAAGAGUAUCCGUCUUCAGAUGGAGAGGAAGCUGGUUCGCCUAUUCUUUGAUGCUUGCUUGUUUCUUUCAUUUUCUGCACUUUUCACUCACCAAAAUUUCUGUCACUGGCAAAUCUUCUCGUGGUAAAAUUCUGGCUAACCAGCUUUGUGGUAAA